GAUAUGAACCUGGAUCGGGCAUUAACCUGUAGGGGGCGCUGUGUACAUCAGAGUUUCCCUGGAAACAAAAACUUGGCAGCUGUUCAGCCGAGACACAUGGUGAGGAAGAUGUUAAUCCACUCAGGCUCAGUAACAACCGCAAAAGGACCCGUGGACACCAUGGGCCUGCUGUCUAUUCUUCGAAGACUAAAGCAGUCACCAGAGCAGGAGGUGCGCUUACUGCUGUUAGGGUUGGACAAUGCCGGCAAGACCAUGCUACUCAAACAGCUUGCAGCUGAAGAUAUCAGCCACAUCACCCCCACACAAGGCUUCAAUAUAAAGAGUGUGCAGUCUUCUGGGUUCAAAUUAAACGUUUGGGACAUUGGAGGGCAACGGAAGAUUCGUCCUUACUGGAGGAAUUAUUUUGAGAACACCGAUGUACUGAUCUAUGUGAUUGACAGCUCAGACAGGAAAAGAUUCGAAGAGACAAGUUUGGAGCUUGCCGAGUUGCUGGAAGAAGAAAAGCUUGCAGCUGUGCCGCUGCUGGUGUUUGCCAACAAGCAGGACCUGAUGACAGCCUCUCCGGCGUCGGAACUGGCGGAGAGUCUCAACCUGCACACAAUCCGGGAUCGCAUGUGGCAGGUGCAGGCCUGCUCAGCACUCACUGCAGAAGGAGUGCAGGUAAAUACAGUGUGGUAUGCAAACAUAGUGUGCAAUAAGCAGAGGUCGAGACGGAGUGAGCUGUUUAGUAAUAACAACUGUGUUUUGUGGUCAGUUUUUGAAUCCAGAAUAGGGAGAUUCGCUGCUUUGACGUCAUAGGAAUAAGAGGAAAUAUGACGAGUUCUGUUAAUCAUAUACAAUUUUCAUGGUAGCUUUCCAGUUUGGCCUGUAUUUACAAUUUACUGAUAUAAAUACCCUGCCGUUAAAUAGAACUACUGUGAUACUGCCUACAAUAGCAAUGAAGAGGUCAAGUCACAAAAACCUUGGAAGCGUGUCUUGUAACUUUGGUUACUUUGCCCUCGACGUACCUUUAGGUUUACA